AUGCUGACCAGCCGCGUCGGUGCUGUCCUCAGGACACUCCGACGGCUCCGCCCGCAGAGGUACCCUAAACGUGCGAUUGCCAGCGACGACGCGUCCAGAGCGGGCUCGGAGGUGAGCGGUGCCGAGCGGUGUCUGCUGCGCGCCGACGUGACGCUCGAUCCCUCUUCCGACGCGGCCUCUGCGGAUCUCAGCGCCGCUCCUGCGGCCAGCCGCUGGGCGUGCUGCGCGGCAGCAUUCCUGAACGUCAGCGCACUCUUCGAAUGUUGCAGCACGUGGUCCCCGCGCUGUCUGGCGUGUUGCCGUCUAAGCUCUCGGGCGGCCGUGAGUGCCAUCCUGGAAUUCCUCUUGACCGCCCUCGUGGCUGCCGUCUGGGUGACUGUGACCCUAGCCAUGUGGCCUCUGUCGCCUUCGGUUGCGCUUGUUGUGUCAGUGCCCUCAAUGUGCUGUGCAUGGUGCUUCAGGUGGCAUUGCUUCUUGCGAGUAGCACGGGCAGUGCCUUGCCUGCGCUGGAUCGAGAACAGCCGCUGCCCGUCAGGGCACGCGUUGCAAAAGCGCUACGCCCCAGUGUGUGGGGUUGACUUCUCCACCUACUCCUGCAGCAUGUGCGAGGCCAAAGUGAAACAGGGUGGCAGCUUGUGGAGCUGCCGCAGCUGCAACUUCGACAAAUGCCAGAACUGCAUGCCAGUGUUUGAGGAGGAGAUUCGCAGCACACGGCAGCUGAAAGACGGGGCGCCACAGCCGCACAUGCCUGUGCUGGAGUCUGUGGAGGUGUCGGACGAAGCAUAUUCUCAUUGGAGGGCUAACCACGGCACGGAGUUCGAUUACGUGCUCCAGAGCGGGGCGAUAGUCUUGGUGGACGCGGAGUGGAUGGUGGAGCGGGCGGAGUCUGGCGGCACCCUGAAGCCACGCCAAGCACUGCCGUCGGCCGCCUUCAUGCCCCCUACGGGUGUCACAGCCGCGAGUGGGAUUCUUGAUAGUGACGUCCUGCACAUGGCUUGCGUGUCACACUGCUGGCUGCAGGGUAACCACCCAGAUCCGCGAGGUCACAACUUGCGUAUCUUGGGCCGUGCCCUGCAGUUGUUGUCUGCUGACUAUGAUCGGCGGUUUAGGGGGCGCUGGGCGGUUUUCAUGGAUUUUUGUUGCAUCCAUCAGUAUUGUAGAGACCACAACGGCAUCCCCCAGGGGAAGACCUUCCAGGUUCUUGACACAAGCCGAGAACAUAUGAUGAGCGAGUUUCUACUCGAGGAGGGUGUGAUCGGCCAAUUUAAAUCAGAAAAAGUCUUGUUCGGGCUGGCGUUGAGCUAUUUGGGGAUAUUCUACUCCCACCGCAAGACAAUCGUUUUCAUGCUCACACAGUUCCCAGCCGACUACGACAACCCUGCUUCUUAUACUCGCUCAGGCAACACUGCGCCUUAUUUUGAGCGUGGAUGGUGUUAUUGUGAAGCUUCUUGGGCGAUGUUGACGAAGCCCUCUACAAACUUGAUAGACCUCGGUUUAUCCACAGGGAACGAGAGCUGCUUCUACAAAGACGACUACUAUUCUUCAAGUGGCAACGGCUUGGUAAAAUCCUGUGCGGCAGGGCACCUUCCGCCCGUUAUGCCCGAUGUUUUUGAAUCGGACCUCCAGUUCAAGGGCUUCGCGGUGAACGAUUGCCCGCGGGUCGCCAACCUGUAUCGGGCGCAUUUUUGGUUGCGCUUCAGAACCGCACACGUUUUGGAGUAUACCCGGCUGGGCUGGGGCGCCUCUGAGGCGAGGAAGGUGGCCGACCUCCUCGCCUCGGGCGCGACCGCCUGGCUGGAGACGCUCCUCCUCGACGGCAACCACGUGGGGGACGCGGGCGUGGCGGAUCUGGCGGAGGCGAUACAGACCCCGCGGGCGCUCCCGAGACUGCAGGAGCUCUCGCUCAGCGACAACGGGGUGGGCGACGUGGGCGCAGCGCACCUGGCGAGAGCGCUCGCGACGCCGGGCGCGGUGCCGCGGCUGGAGCACCUCUUCUUUCUUCAUGGACAGCAACCGGGUCGGUGA